ACCGCAGUCCACACGUGUCUCGAACUGCUGAGAUUCUGAAUUGAAGCUCUUUGUUGUGCAGCGACUUCGCAAAAGAUUCACGUCGAGAUGCACACGCGGGUCUUUCUGCUGCUCGCCUGUGUGCUGGGCUCAGCGGUGGGUGCUUCCAUCAUUGGCAAGCUCUGCGCGCCAGGCAUCCAAAACGAAUGCAUAUCCAGCCACAGAAGCAGCAGCAGCGUCGGCGACGGCGGCGACGACGACACGUCUCAGGCCAAGCUGCUGCAGGACUACAUCUCGCGUUAUUUACGUCGAAUGCAGCAACUCAUGAGCCCGGAGGGGAACUUCGCGGCGACCGCGAGGAACGCGUGGGCCGAGGAAGACAACGCGCAGACGUCGAGCGCCGAGAGCAGAGACCCCGAGGGAGCCUACGAUGGGAAGAGGUCCUAUUCCGUGGAGCACUUCCGUUGGGGGAAGCCUGCGGGGAGAAAACGACGGCCGGUCAAAGUGUGGCUCGGAGAAGGCCGGACCCUCGGGGAGGAAGAGGAGGAGGAAGAUGAUUUUCUGGAGAGACGGAGGAGAUGAGCAAUGAGGUGGAGGCAGUGUCGGAUUGAGAUAGUGCGGGGGCUGUAGCAUACGUUAUAAAGGGGGCCCUAAAUAAAUAAAUAUUAAAACACACAUUUUUAACGUGAAUAGGAAAGUAAUUGCAUUUUUUUCAUUUGCUAUACAACCAGAUAAUACGACACAUCGCUAACCUUAAACACGCAGUCGUUCAUAAAAGUUGAAGGCGGUGUAGUACUAUAGUAAUAGAGCAAGUGCAGCAUCACUGAACCGUUUAGCGCGGGGCCCUAGAAAGUGCGAGGCCCGUAGCCACUACACAUGUAGUAGCUACUACACAUGUAGUUGCUACAUAUGUAGCUACUACACAUGUAGUUACUACAUAUGUAGCUACUACACAUGUAGCUACUACACAUGUAGCUACUACACAUGUAGCUACUACACAUGUAGCUACUACACAUGUAGUUACUACACAAGUAGCUACUACACAUUUAGUAGCUACUUGUGCUACUAGGAAAAUCCGGCACUGGGCGGAGGUUUUGAAGUCGAUUGCGCGAACGGCUAACCAUGAGGACACGACAGCUUCCCUAGUGUAUUAG